AUCCUGAAUAAUUUAUUUCCAGCCUUCGUUCCGUUGUGACAUUUGCUCACAUCGUCCCUGGGUAAGCAUGGACAGGAGCAUGAAUCUCUCAUCAGAGCUCGGAAAGGUCAAGUGAUAUUGAUCUCACUAUGCAAACGUGCGCUAUAUUGUCAGAAUCAAGCCUCCAAAGUUGGGGUCAGGUCGAACAUUUUCAGGUCAGUUUGGGACUCAUUAACACAUCAGCCUCUUUUACAAUUGAAAUGUGGAAAUGAAUUCUGGAAUCAGCAGAUAUGUCAAGAUAGACUUCGCAUACGGUGAUGAAUGGACGGACCCUGUAAAUUCAUUCUUAUUAUGGUGGUCUGUCCGGGGUGCGUAAAACGCGCGCUCUGGGGUGGAGACUUCUUUGGAGAGGCAGGAUCACAGCGCACAACAGCACGACUCCCUGCAUCCACAGGUUGCUGCGCGGAUCUUUCCUCCUCUCUGUGCAUCUUGGCAGCCCACACCGAAGAGUACAGUCGUUGGAAAUGAAGUGAGAAGUCGCUAAAGAACGCGUUGGCAUGAACGUUUUGGACUUUGGACAGUGCAGAUGCCCGUGAGCAAAAUGCCGAAUCCACAGCUCGAUUACAAACUACCUGACCAUUUACUUGUACUGCUCAGGACUUUUCUUUUGUAAAAAAAAAAAAAUAUCUUUGCAACGUUUCUCCCGAGGAAAAGAGCGUUUUAUUCGAGACCACCAUGCCACAGGUCCCUCACUGCAACUGUACCACGGUGACAACAGCAAAAUAAUGGCAUGUAGGAGCGGUUGUUGCUGCGGCUACGGUCCAAUAAACGAAGAUAACGCGAGGUUCCUGCUGCUGGCACUGUUCAUCAUCAUCUAUCUCUUCUGUGGGGCGGCAGUUUUCUCCGCACUGGAGCAGCCAAAGGAGCGAGAGGCGAAGGAGCGCUGGGCGCAGAGGUUCGAGCAUUUCAGCCAGAAGUAUAACCUGAGUAAGAAGGACCUGAACAACUUCCUCAGGAACUACGAGGAGGCGAACGUAGCCGGUAUCCGUGUGGACACAAUCAGACCACGAUGGGACUUCACCGGCGCUUUUUACUUCGUGGGAACUGUGGUAUCAACCAUUGGGUUUGGGAUGACCACGCCUGCCACCAUUGGAGGAAAAGUCUUCCUGAUGUUCUACGGCCUGCUUGGCUGCGCAGCCACCAUCCUCUUCUUCAACCUCUUUCUGGAGCGUGUCAUCACCGUCAUCGCCGUUGUCCUUAAGUCCUGUCACGAACGACGCCAUAACAAGGCUGUGCUCCCACAAAAUGGCCGGCAAGUGUCUGAAGGAAACAGAGAAGGUGGAGCUGCAGGAGGUGGAGGGGGAAAAGGGGAGGAUCUGGCUGGCUGGAAGCCUUCGGUCUACUGCGUCAUGCUCAUCCUAGGAGCGGCAGCCAUCUUGGUGUCCUGCUGCGCUUCAUUCAUGUACUCAGCGGCCGAGGGCUGGGGCUACCUGGACUCACUCUACUUCUGUUUUGUGGCCUUUAGCACCAUCGGUUUUGGAGAUAUGGUGAGCAGCCAGCGGGUCGUCUACGAGGGCCACGCAACAGCUGCAUACCGGCUGGGCAACUUCUUCUUCAUCCUCACCGGCGUUUGCUGCAUCUACUCCCUCUUCAAUGUCAUCUCCAUUGUCAUCAAGCAGGUCCUCAACUGGCUACUAAGGAGGCUGGAAGCCCCCUGCCGCUGCUGUUUCCCUAGGAGGGGUCACCAUCCGCACCGGCACCCCCGACGGAACGUGGUGGCCCCAGGUCACCUGCGUACCCGCAGAGACCCCUCGAUCGAGACAGACGCCAUCAACGAGAGCGAGACUGACACUGGGCGCAGGAUGUCUGGGGAGAUGAUCUCCAUGCGGGACUUCUUAGCAGCCAAUAAGGUGAACCUGGCUAUUAUGCAGAAACAGCUAUCGGAGAUGGCCAUCGGGCACCCACGCCAGUGCAGCUCCAGUUCACGUCAGAACGGAUUCUCAGGAGGGGUGGGCGCCCUGGGCAUCAUGAACAACCGGCUGGCAGAGACUAGUGUGGACAGAUAGGGGGAAAAGUGUGAAUCUUUUUUUUGUCAAAUUUUACAAAAGGGUUGAGAGGGUGAGGCGAGUGAGCUCAAAAAGACAAUGAGGACUGCCUUCCAGAAGAAGAAACAAGAGUUGCUUGGUGUUACAAGACUGAAUUCAUGACUAAAUAAUGUAUCCUUUCCAUUGACAAGCAGGCUGACUCCCCAGCAGCUGCGGCUUAGAAACAAACCAUCUCAGCCCACCUUUGUGUCAAGAACAUGGCUACAUGAAUGAUGCAUGAUAGUUUGCUGGAGUCUCACAUCUGGACAAAGCUCAGAGUACCGGAAUGCCCAAUCCCCCACCCCGCUAGGAAUUCAGUUUCCAUGGUGAUAAAAAAGCCUGCCUAGAGCCAUUGUAUCUAUGCUUUAAAGACCUCAUGCGCACUACACAGCUACUUCACAUCUAACCACAACUUCCACUCAUCUGCAGUACUUUACAAUACCCACUAUGACUCUGCCCACGUCCAUACUGUAUCUGUCCCUGUAAAGGACAUUAAUGAGAGAAAAAUAGCUUUAAUAAAAUGGGUGUUUUUU